GGGGAAACGGUACGGCGUGUAAUGCCUAUGCGCAUGUUGUUUUGCACCGUCUUCUUCGCUGUUAACAAUCACGACCUCUCGUUCUUCUCUACGCCUCCAUUUCAAUCCGCUUUUUCUUUCUAUAUUAUAAUCUCCUAAAUGCAUCAUGCAAUUCAGAAGAAGGGGUUCAUAGAUUCUUGAAUUGUGAAAUCGUUCGAACCCGGUUUCCCCCUCUUCUCCAAACUGUGGGUUGCAUUUUUCUUGGCAACCCCACAAAAAACAAGGAACAAACGUUUCGUAUGGGCUUGAAGAAGGCUUUCUUGGAUUGAUUCUGUUCUGGGUUUUUCUUGUUUUUUCGAUCCCCUUUUCCUACUUGCUGCCAUUGCCGAUUUUUGAGCGUCUGGUUCGGAUAUGGAGGCUGAGAAGAAGUACAUUACCUCUGAGGAGCUUCUCAAGCACAACAAACCUGGAGAUCUGUGGAUCUCUAUUCAGGGUAAGAUCUAUAAUGUCACAGAUUGGGCUAAAGAACAUCCUGGUGGUGAUACGCCGUUUCUGAACUUGACGGGUCAUGAUGUUACCGAUGCGUUCAUUGCUUAUCAUCCUGGCACUGCGUGGGCGUAUUUGGACCGGUUAUUCACUGGAUUUCAUCUCGAGGAUUUUCACGUCUCGGAGGUUUCUAAGGAUUACAGACGGCUUGCUUCUGAAUUUUCGAGACAAGGUUUGUUCGAGAAGAAAGGGCAUGUCACUAUGUAUUCUCUGAUUUCUGUUGCUAUUAUGCUCUUUCUUGUGGUUUAUGGGGUUGUGAAAUCUGAGAGUGUUUUGGUUCAUUUGGGUUCUGCUAUGAUUUUGGGUAUGCUUUGGAUUCAAAGUGCUUAUGUGGGUCACGAUUCUGGACAUUCUACUGUAAUGUCGAGCCGUGGAUUUAACAAAUUAGCUCAAAUUCUGUCUGGGAAUUGCUUGACUGGGAUUAGUAUAGCCUGGUGGAAAUGGACUCAUAAUGCUCAUCAUAUCUCUUGUAAUAGCCUUGAUCAUGAUCCAGAUCUUCAACAUAUCCCUGUUUUUGCUGUUUCUACUAGUUUCUUCAAGUCCUUGACAUCCCAUUUCUAUGGUAGAACGUUGAAAUUCGAUUCCCUGGCUAGAUUCUUCAUCAGCUACCAGCAUUUCACGUUUUACCCUGUGAUGUGUGUAGCUAGAGUGAAUCUCUUCGUGCAGACAUUAUUGCUGUUGUUUUCCACUAGAAAAGUCCCUGAUAGAGCAUUGAACAUAAUGGGUAUUCUUGUGUUCUGGACAUGGUUUCCUCUCCUGGUUUCAUACCUCCCCAACUGGCCUGAAAGGGUCAUGUUUGUUCUUGCAAGCUUCGCUGUUACAUCACUACAACACAUCCAAUUCUGCCUUAACCAUUUCUCUGCUAAUGUUUAUGUUGGGAAACCCAUUGGGAAUGACUGGUUUGAGAAGCAAACAAAAGGGACUUUGGAUAUCUCUUGUUCUUCAUGGAUGGAUUGGUUUUUUGGUGGAUUACAGUUUCAGCUUGAACAUCAUUUGUUUCCAAGGAUGCCCAGAUGCCAAUUGAGGAAAAUCUCUCCAAUUGUUGUGGAGCUUUGCAAGAAACAUAAUCUUCCUUACAGAAGCUUGUCAUUUUGGGAUGCCAAUGUCCGCACCAUUAAUACUCUUAGAACAGCUGCUUUGCAGGCUCGUGACUUGACCAAUCCUGUUCCUCAGAACUUGCUUUGGGAAGCUGUGAACACCCAUGGAUGAACACAUGAGGUCACCUCUCGGGUCGUGUAGAGAACGUGUUGAGGUUGAUUCGGUUCGGUUCGGUUCAAGUAAACUAUUAGGGUAAACAUGUUUUCGCCCAUUUUGACUUGGAACUUUCGAUUUCGAUUAUGUUUUGUAGGUAUGUUUUGAGUUGUUUCGGAGAUUCGACUCGAAACCGUCUGUUUGAUCGAUGAUACAUGUUUAGCUCGGUUGAAAAGAAAGAUUAUGAGCAUUUUAAUAGUAUUUUGAAGUUUACGGGUA